GCAGCGGGGGAGGGGAGGGCGCGCUGCUGGUGGUGGUGGUGGAGCCGCAGGGAGGGAGGGAGGGAGCGGCGUGGACCCUCCCGCCCAGGGGGAGCAGCAGGGAGCAGCAGGGACCCCCCCCCCUCGUCUCCAGAGCGACGCGGGGCUCGGCUCGAGUCCAUGCCCCCGGCUGCGGCUGCUGCUGCCAUCUUCCCCAUCUCCCCCGGACAACGCCGCGGAGUCGUCACCACCAUCAGCAGCAGCAUCAGCAACAUCAACAGCAGCAUCAGCAUGUCGCGCCGAAAACAGGCGAACCCCAACCGGGUCACGGCGGUGGUAGAGUGCGAGGAUGACGAGGGGACGGCAGCGGAGGAGCGGGGCGGGCGCUCCGCCCUAAUUUCCGCGUCCACCAAGGGCCCCCGGGGGCCCCGGGGCUCCCAGGGGCUCGCGUUCGCUCGAAGGCCCCACUCCUCGCACGCGCCCCGCACCCUCGCCAUGGAGAUGGGCGUCGUCAUGGCGCCUCGCGGCUUCGCAGCGGCGGGUCUCCAGGCGGGCUCGGCGCUUGGUUGCUAUGGCGACGCCAACGACGCCGACGGUUGCUAUGACGACGACUUGUCGUCGGUGAGCGCCAUGAUGUCAGCCGUGAUGGGGGCGGCGCAGCUUCCCCGGCCCGGCGCUCACGCCCACCUCGUCGGUCACCACAACAACCACCUGGAUAUCGACCGCGACGCCGGGGAGCGGGGGGUGGGAGGCGGGCCGAUCGCCGGGGCGGCGGCGGCGCUGGCAAGGAGGGCGGCCACGAUCGACGGCGCACUCUCGCCGCGCUCGCUCUCGCCGGCUCCGGGACGCGCCCACCGGCAAAAUGGUGGCGGCAGCGGCGCCCGGCGGCCGGUGGUCGGCACCGCCGGGGCGCCGGUCGUCGCGGCGACGGACACGUCGCCGGGAGCACCGGGAGACGGCGGCACCGGCUGCCACGUCUGCCGCGUGUGCAGGCGGGCGCUGAGCUCGGCCAGCUCGCUGGACCGGCACAUGCUGGUGCACUCGGGCGAGCGGCCCUACCGCUGCCCCGUGUGCCGCCAGGCAUUCACCACCAACGGCAACAUGCACAGGCACAUGAAGAUCCACGAGAAGGAGCCGGGACUCCCAGACCCCUGGCCUCAGAUGGCUCCUCCCCAAAAGCACCCACUCGGCUGCCCCCCUGUGCAGGAGCUCUCGGCCCCCCCAAUCGCGCUCCUGGGGCCCCCCGUGACUGCCAAGCGUCCGCUGAGCCCCGCUGAGACCGAGGAUGAGCCCUGGUCCUCCAAAAGGGUGGCCCACGAGCAGGUGGAGGGGGGGGAGAGGCCGGGCAGCGUGGGGAGCGCUUGUGGGCCUGGCGCCACAGAGGGGCCACGCGAGUGCCAUGAGGCGCCGGGCGGGCCCCAGGAGGCACUGUGGCGCUGCCCCCUGUGCCUCAAGGACUCAGCCGUGGAGGAGCAACUGGGCACGAUCCCACGGUGCGAGCACUGCGUCCCCUCCUCCACUUCCACCUCUUCCACUUCUUCUUCCACCACCUCCACCAAUAUCUCCGCCACCUCCACGAGCGACCCGACGGAGCCCCACCGCGUUCCUCACGGCGCCGGAAGCCCCGGCCUCAGUGGCGGCGCCACGACCCCGAGUAACGACGACGACGACGGUGACUCGGGGCUCCCCAAACUGCGUGCAGCCCCCAUGUCUCCGUCCCCUCCGCCACCGACGGCGGCGACGACGGCCAGCCCCCCGCUCGACCCCGCGCACAUCCAGAGCAAUCCCAGCAGCAUUCCGAGCGGCUUCCAGCAGCUGGGCUUCGUCGACUUCUGCUGCCAGAAGUUCCCGCUGAUCGCUAAGGCUUGGUGUGAGGAAAAUGCGCGGCGCAGCGCCAGCGCGUCUCACCGCUUCGUGUGCACGGCGUGCGACCGCGCCUUCCCCAUGGCUGCCGCGCUCCAGCUGCACCACCGCACUCACCACAACCUGCACCGCUCCACGUCCGUCCAGCCCCACCGCGAGCGCCGCCUCCACCGCCACCGUGACCCCGCGGCGCACCCGCCGGCUCCCCUCCGGCCCGAUGGCGCCGUCCUCGGCACGGUUCCAUCUGACCCGGCGGACGCCAUGGUCGCGUUCAUGGGCUACCUGGGCCUGCGCCGCGCGACGGAGGUCGCGACCCCCCGCCCCGCCGGCACGGCGGCCUCUGGCGCCGAUCGGCCACGGGUCGAGGCCUCGAGGGAGGGGCGAUCGCCGCCGGUGCCCUCGGUGACGGCCGUGGCGGCCGCUCCGUUCCCGCCCCCGAGGGCUUUCGUGGCACGGCGUCCGGCCCCCGGGGCGGGGCCCGCGAGGUCGCCACUGCCGGUACUGGCGGGCGCGCCAUCGGGGCCGAGCUGCGAGCUGGCCGACAUCCAGCAGAUCCUGCUCAUGGCGGCCACGGCAUCGCCGGGCACGACGGGGGUGCUGCUGCCGCUGCCACCGCUGAGCAAAGCGCCACCACUCGCUCCGUCCUCUUCCUUCGCCGCCACUGUUGCUACCAAGCUCAUGCCGGCGCUCAAGCCCAAGCCGCGCGCGCCGCCGUCGGUGACCGCGGCGGCCCCGCCCGUCGUCGCCGGCACGCCGUCGCUGCUGCUGCUGCCGCCGUCGCCCACGCAGGCGGCGUCCGCGCUCGCGUGCCGCGCCCCGCCGCUGGCGCCGUGCCGAGCCCCGCCGGUCGCCACGGCGACGGGGGAGGCGGAGGGGUCGCUGGGGGUGGAGGGGGCGGUGGCGCGCGGCGGCGGCACCGUCGUGCCGGAUUUUGCCGUUCGGCCGGCGCGGUCCGUCGUGGCGGCGGAUACCGUCCCCGGCGCCGGCGACGCCGUCGAGCCCAUCGACUUGUCGGUGCCGAAAUCGAACGGUGCUCCCACCAAACACGGCGCGGGGACCGCGGCGCCCGCGCUCCCGCCCGCGCCACCGGCCGCCCCCGCCGCUCCUCGCCCCCACGCCGACGAGCGUCCGUUCCGCUGCUCGGCCGCGUUCCGCGCGAAGGUGAACCUGGACAAGCACUCGGGCCCCAGCGGCCCCGCCGCGCCGCCGUCGCCUACCGGCGCCACCGGAGCCCGGCUCCUCCCGCCGCCGUCCGGGCCGUGCCCGAGCGGCGGCACGGGCCCCGAUGGCACGGCGGACCUCUCCCCUCCGCUGCCGUCCUCGCCGCGAGAUGCGGCCGUCCCGUCGCCGCCGCCGCUGGGGACCCUGAGGCAGGAGGAGGCGGCGGAGACCGACCCCGCUCCUCGUCGUUCUCCCGCUUCUCUGUCGGCCGGCGCGGGGGGAUGGCCCCCAGGGCCCGGCGAGGGUCCGCACGUACGGCGACGGCCCGGCAGCCUCCUGCUGAGGAGCAUCCUGGCGGCGAGCGGCACCGGCGAGUCGCCAGAGAAGCUGUUCCUCACCGGCGGGGGGCUCGCCAGGGCCGUCGCCUCCAAGGAGCCGCCCCCCCUCGCCUCCAUCGCUCAGAUCAUUUCGUCCGUGUCGGCGGCGCCCGUGCUGCUGCGUCCCGGCGCAGCGGCCGGAGCUGGGGAGGAGAAGGAGGGGGGCGACCCGGGUCGCGCCAACGGCGCCACGCGCCGAGAAUCCGGGCCGCCGAGCUUCGAGAGCGAACGGCGCCGCCGCACCGCCGCCGACUCGGCGCCCGCCGUGCGCAAGCGCGGCCGCCCCUCCAACGCCGCGCGUGCCGCCCUGGCCAACGGCACCGGCCCUCGGCCGGCAGCCAAGCGUCGGAGACGGUCGUACGAGCCCGGCGCCCGGAGCGGACGUCAGAGCGGCGGCGGCGUCAUUGGCGACGGCGUCAUUGGCGGCGGCAAGGGCGUGGGCUCCGAGGCGGUGGACCUGGACUCGAGCGGGGAGUUUGCGAGCAUCGAGCGCAUGCUCGACUCGAUGGAUUCCAGUCGCUUCAUGGUGCUCCUGGAAGCCGCCGGCGCCGGCAUAAUUCCGCCGGCGCCACCCCGUCCCCGCGUCCCCUCGGCCGGCACCGGGGGAUCCGGGGGGUCCGGCGGGGAAGGGGAGAGCGACGGGGGCCACCGCACCCCCGAGCGGCCUCCGGCCGGCGGAGACGGCGCCGACGGUGGCGACGGAGGUUUGGAAGAGGAGGAUGAGGAUGGGGCGGAGGGGGGGGAGUUUGAGCGCCAGGGCGGGCUGAAGAGGAACACGUACUCCAACUCGGUGCACAGACUCAAGUGCCCGCACUGUCCGCGCCUCUUCCCCUGGAUCAGCUCGCUGCAGCGCCACAUGCUGACGCACACCGGUGAGGGACGGGUGGCGCCGCACGCGCCGCACGCUGCGCUCGCUGCCAGCCACGCGAGCCGCACCCCCCGCGUCGCGCAGGGAGAGCGCGCCGGCGCCGCGACGGCGCCGCGCGUGUCACUGAUCGCGUCACGCGUGUCGCGCCCGUGCCUCCCAGGCCAGAAGCCGUACCCGUGCCCGCACUGCAGCGCCUUCUUCUCCACCAAGUCCAACUGCGAGCGCCACUUGACACGCAAACACAUGGGCAAGGGCGGCACGCCCGCCACGCCGUGGCAGUUGGGGUGCGACGGCGCCAUCGGGGGCCAGGCCAGCCCACCGGAUUCCCCACGGUGUAUCUGCAUGGAGUCCGUGGAGGAGAAGGCGAUGGAGCCGGGACUCGCCGUGAAACUGGAGAUCGUUGAGGACGAUGAGGGUGACGAUGGACGCGGCUCCACGGGACCGGCCACUAAGACCUCUCCGCCGCCAUCACCGCGAUCAUCGCCACGGCCAUCUCCGUUGCCAUCGUCGCCAGCUCCAUCGCCGCUGCCGGGGCUAGCACCGCCACCAACGCCGCCGUCUUCGCCGUCACCACCUUCACUUCCACCACCACCACUACUACCGACGGUGCCAUCGCAACCAACGCCAUCACAACCAUCGCCAUCACAACCAUCGCCCCUGCCGCCGCCGUCAUCGUCCAUCUCUUCCGUGACUCACGCCGAUGCAGGGACCUCCAUCUCGCCGCAAAAAAUCAAAACGGAGUUCCCGGCGCUCGCCAACGGAUUCGCAACCGCGACAAAUGGAAACUGCGACGAUGCCAACAACAUGGACGACGAUGAUGACGACGACGAAGAGGAGGAGCAGGGGGAGGGGUCGGAAGGGUGGGACGACCCCGAUGACGACACGUCCAGCAACAAGAGCCUGGACCUUGAUUUCGCCGCCAAACUCAUCGACUUCAAGCUGGGCCCUGGCGGCACCGGCGUGGGAGGCCUGGCGAUCCCGACGGAGGUCACGGCGGCGGCGCUGGGGGGCCCGGUCAGGCCCCUGGCGGCGGGUAGCGUCCCCGCGGCGCUGCUGGUGUGCGAGUCUUGCGGGAAAACGUUCCGGCACCGUGCGGUGCUGGCGCGGCACCGGCGCGUGCACACGGCCGAGCGGCCGUUCCGCUGCCCCCAGUGCGAGCGCACCUUCACCACCAAGUUCAACCUGCAGCGGCACGCGCAGCGCCACGCCGCCGCGGCAGCGCCGGCGGCGGCUGCCGCCCGGCAAACACUUGCCAAGCUGCUCCCGUCGGGGCCGCUGCCCGACGCCGUCGUCCCCGCCACCGUUCGCGGCGGCGGCGGCAUUGCCGUGACGGCGCGGGACAAGCGGGGGAAGAGGGGCGGUGGCGGUGCCCGUCGCGGCGGCGGCUCUUCCCGGGACGCGCGGUGCGAGUCUCGGGAGCACGGCUCGCGGGGGUCGGAGCACGGCGACGGUGCCGCUCGGGCCGGCGAGGAUGUCGGGGAGGACGGGACGGCGGCCGGGGACGUCGAGCGUGGAGACGGAGCCCCGGAGGGGGGCGAGGCCGGGGGGGGGAAGGAGCGAGAGAAGAGGAAGAAAGUGUGCGAGGUUUGCAACAAGCGGUUCUGGUCGCUGCAGGAUCUCACGCGGCACAUGAGGUCGCACACGGGCGAGCGACCGUACAAGUGCGACACGUGCGAGCGCACGUUCACCCUCAAGCACAGCCUCGUGCGCCACCGCCGCAUCCACGACAAGGGCGGCCGCGCCGAGGCCUGGCGGCCUCCGGGGCCCCGGUGCCUCCUGCCGGCGCCGACGACACCGCCACCGGCGGCGCAGCUUCCCGGAACGGCGUCGCCGCCGCCGAACGACGGGGCCCCCAGCCCGCCGCGGGAAACCCGCGACCCCGGGGAGGUCAUCCAGGGCUCGUUCUUCCAGUCGGUUGGCGCCACCGUGCCGUUUCCGACGCUUACGCUGGGCUGCUGGGGCGUCGCCGCGGGAGCCCUGGGCGCCGGGAGAACGGCGGACGCCGGCGCCGCCGGUGCCUCCGGGGGCCUGGCGGCGGCCCGCGAUCGCGCCCGCCGCUCCGACAUCAUCAAGAGCCUCUUGGGUCUGCCCGACGGCACCGUCCUGGAACAGAUGCUCGAGUCGGCCGACUCUGCCGCACAGCUGCUCGGCGUGUGAGCGCUGCCGCCGACGCAUCGGCUCAAUAGUCCGCUCCGUCCGGGGUGAAAUUUGGGGUUUGCGCACCGCGGGAGGUCGGGAGGUCAGCCACGCCGGUUCCAUCUUCCUGCCGUCGCCGGGACGUCUUCCUUCCCUGCACGAGCGCGCACGCAGUAUUCCCUCGUAGCUGGUCUCCGGGCGCCGCCGCGGCUCGUGCGGCGCCGGUACUUGGCGACACGGGGCCCGGCGCGACGGGGUUCGGGUCGGGCGGCACUUUAUGCCGGCGUGGACCGCGUGUGCGCGCCAGGAGCAGGCAGUAUUAAUGUGGCGACGACGCGAGUGGCUCGUGUCACCGGGUCGGGUUCUUUAGGCUACGGCCGCCGGCUGGGGGCAGCCAGGGGCGGCCAGAGUCCACCGUGUUGUGCCUUGUGUUAAGACGGCAAUGGGGGGCAGCGCAAGCGGUCGCGUCAAGCCCGCCUUGCCCAGCUUUCGCUUCCCUAAACUGACGGUGCCUUGCGGGGGAGUGACGGGCGAGAUCGUGAAGCGCUGGGAGGACGUCCGCUACACAGUCGGGGGCUACUCAGGGGUCCAUGAGGACCCAGGAGACCCCAGGGUAAAGGGGAGCAGCCAAGGGGGGACCGUGCCUUCUGCCUUCGUCCCCCGGUCACUGCACCAGCGACCCGGACACCAGCGAGAGAAGAAAACCGCUAACACGCCGGCUGUUUGGCGACCGACGGAUUAUGGCGCUUUGGGGAAUGUCACAAAAGCGAUUCGCCGCCUCGCCAUUGACUCACGAGUGCCUUCCUCAGUUUUGAGAAUCGAGCAAUACAUGCGGCGGUUGUGCGUGCCUGGCCAGGCAAGUGGCGAUGCCACGGGCCGGCGCAGCCACAGCCGACGAAGCCUUGAGAAAGCCAUGCUUAUUUUCAUAGUAAUAACGGUGUCAAUUGUACAGGCGUUAGGUUUGUGUGUUUUCUAUACAUAUAUUAUAUAUUUAUAUACGAAUGAACUGGAGGGUGCUCUAGCUUCGCCUGCAUGAAUGUUCACACUGGGCUUUGAUGGAAAUCAGAUUACCGGCAAUGUCGUUGCUCAUGUUAUUGUUAUGAUUACGAUGCUGUUCUUGUUAUUUUUCCCGUGUUCCCACUCGGGGCAGGAGGAUCAUCGAUUCCCGAGUUGCGUUCAAGCCAUGAUGCGCUUGAGCAACGUUGGGGAAAUUGUCGCCAGGAACACGUUUACUUUGAGCAACUAUGGCAACUUGUUACAGUAGUGGCGGAGAGCGAUUUGGGGGUUUUGUCCAGCCAGUGAAAACAAUUUGAAGACGGCGCGUUUGAUGAACUGAUUGGUUGACGCAGCAUCCAACCUCGGGUAGUCACGUACCUGCGCCGUCUGAUCGGAAAUUGAAGCAGCGAUGAGAUUUUUUCAGAUUUGGGUGACUACAUUUAAUUUACAAUAGUAAAAUGAUGCAGCAACCAUUGCCGGCAACGAUUGCCCUGAAUUUGCCGUGGGGUUUACUGUGGCCUUCAGCAAGAGGCUUUUUCAUGAGGCCACGGCGCGCGGGGCCUUCCGCGCAUCUUCUCUCGGCGGAGUCGCCUCGGUGAAUCCGUUCCACCGACUCGGCUCGCCGCAUCUUCCUCUCGACGCACCAGCCUGUCUGGCAAGCCCUGCCCAUCGGUCACACGAGCAGCCGGUCACCGCCGCCCGGUGCCCGGUGCGGCCGAGCAUCUCGACUAGGACCGGUUGGGUAAUGGCGGCAACCGACGCGUCUUUGCCGGUGGUGUUGGGAUGGGUGCCGAGGUCGCCACGAAAUGAUGACCUAUUUGGAAAACGGCGCUGCAGUAAAUCGGUAGCCUCGACCCAAACCAUACAGCAAUUCCUAACCUCUGAGCCAUAUCUCUGUCGUUAACGAUAUCCAUAACCCCAACUCUAUCCCUAACCCUAUCUUAAGCCUAUCCCAAACCAAACCCUGAUCUUUAAUCGUAGACCCAACCGCAACUGAUUUGGCCUCCGCGUUAUUUCCCAAGCAUGGCAGCAGUGCCCUCGUCAUCCCCUCCCUCCGCUCGAUUUGAAUGCUGAAAACCAAAGAGAUUUAUGUUCCCGCGCCCCCUCCCCCAUCCCCGACCCAGAGCGGCCGUGCGUGCCGCUCCCGGCUAAUGCGGGCGGCACCGGCGAGGCGAGGUGGCCCCAGCGGCCAGGGCUCGCGCCGGGCAGCGGUGCGCGGUGCCAGCGGAUGGAGCCUCCUCGCGUCUUCCACGCGCUCGUUUUCUAUGUUUUUUGUAACGGAUGAAUAAACGCAGAGUAUGCUUGA